AUGGGAAACCACUUAAUGGCCCAUGGUAUCGCUAGAUUAGGGCCGUUGCUUAAGACUUCCCCAGCGUAUGGACUCAGACCCUUGGUAUGGGCUCGAAAAGCAAGUUCUGUAGAGAACUUCACCACCAACAAGCUUCCUAAACUUCGAGGUGCAAUCGAUCAUGAUUCCAUAUUUGUUAUUUCCCUUCCCAUAACCACGAAGAGAUCGUACUUUUACUGUAACCAUCGACCUUCGAUCCUCGACAAGUCACAGCUAAAAACGUUUCCUUUGAUCACAAAAAUCGAAACCAAGGCAACCGAUUUGGCCAAGAAAGGUUGGAACAAGUUGGCCAGUUCGGAGAACAAAAUCAACAAAACCAUUAUCAAGUAUGUCAACAAGCUUCUCUACACCAUUCCGUACGAGGAAAACUGCUUAAGGUCGUUUCCCUCUCGAAACUCGAUGAUACGUGAAAUCAACGAAGAAGCUGUGUCUCGUGGUAAAGUCAACACCGAUUCAGGUGCUUUGGUUCAACAAGAAAUCACCAAUCUCAACAUCCCCUCUGAACAGCUCAAACGGAUCCCUUUGAUUCAUCCCAAGUUCCAAAAACCACAGCUUGUACUUGAUCAAUUGCGUGAGCUUGGUGAGGUCAAUCGACCUACUCAUCUCAAAUAUAGCAUUGCAUGUUUGAUAGGAGUGCCGCUAACUCUCCCCUUUGCUUUGGUGCCUGUAGUGCCCAAUGUUCCCGGUUUCUACUUGGCAUAUCGUGCUUAUUGCCAUAUAAAGGCAUUGUUGGGAGUCAAACAUUUGGACUAUUUGCUUGAAAAUGAUACCACUCCUACUCCAGCAACUAAACAUCUUGUUUUCAAGGAUAUGGGAGCAUUAUCAGAAGUAUACGAACAGAGUGGUAUAAACCUUGAUUUAGACAGAGGCGAUAGACAAGAAGAGGUAAUUAUCACAAAAGACAUCAUUGAGCAGUUGUGCUCUCGUUUCGAUUUGGGGCAUUUGAAGGAAGAUUUGAAAAAGGCUUUGGAUCAGGAAUCCAAGCGUUUAAGGAAGAAAACUACAGAGUAA